AUGUCGCGGGCGAGUUCAUCAUGCAAACUGAAUUGUAAAGAAGACGACUAUUAUGAAAUUUUAAAUGUUAGUAAAAAUGCUAGCGAACAGCAAAUUAAAAAUAGUUAUCGAAAACUCGCACUGAAGUACCACCCCGAUCGAAAUCCCGGCGAUCAGAAAGCAGCAGAACAUUUCAAAAAAAUAUCAAUUGCUUAUGCAGUACUUUCUGAUCCUAAUAAGCGCCGGCAAUACGAUCUUAAUGGACCAUCGGGUGCAAUCAUUGAUUUUGAAGGAUUUGAUAUUAGUGAAAUUGGCAGUGUUGGACGCGUAUUUGGCGCAUUAUUUUCAAAAAUCGGUGUACCAAUUCCGACACAAAUCGGUCCGAAAGUUUUAACUCAAGCUCGAAGCCUUUGUGAGGGAACACCAACUGAUGCAAAAUAUUCUGUUUUGCAGGAAGGUGUUCAAUAUGAUGGUUCAGUCGCAAAACAGGAAGCUGCUUUUUUCAAGAUAACUAUGCGUGAAGAAUGGCAGAAAAAUGGACUUAUGAUAAUGUGUAAAUCGCCACAAAUGAGUAAAUUUAAACUAGUUUUGUUCGAUAAAGAAGGCGGAGUUCGAAUGAUACAAGAAAGUAAUAAAAGAAAAGGAUGCACAGCUGCAGCAAUAUAUUUCGUGCCAUUCGAUCGUGCAAAUUUGAGUGAAUUCAUUCCUAUGAAGUUUUAUAUGGAGGAUAAAGAUACACCAUUGUCGUUCCACUUAUUAGAUACCCUAGAAACUGUUGGAGCCCAACAACUUGAUGCAAGGGAUCAUUUUUUAUGUGUUUAUGGUGAUAACUGGAUUAAGGACGUUCGAUUUCAAUUGCGAUUUCUUCCAUUAAAUGAUUCCUUGUCUUCAAAGAACAUUAUUCAAGAUUUAACUGAGGUCGAGCGAUCUUUAUUACUUGCAAAGAAAGAAAUGGCACAGUUUCAAAUAGAAUAUACUGAAGCCAUAAGAAAAUAUAAAGAAGUCAAUGAAAGACUGAAAACAGAAACUGAAACCAUCAAUGGUUUAUUGAAGAAGCGAGAUCAAGAUUAUGAUGAAUUAGAGCGUGAAAGUGCUUCCGUAUUUGUUAAUCAACGGUCACCGCAAAACCAAAGCAAAGGAUUUCUAUCUAACUGGUUUUAA